AUCACAUCAUAGCUACUGCUGCACUAAUAGUUUCAAAAAUAAGCUUUAGAAUCAUCAAAUUCAACUCCAAAUAUCAUGCAGAGACUUGCUGUGUUAUUCAAAGAUACUGCAUCACAAAACACUGCUAUUCAAUCCAGCAACCUAACCAUCGAUCCAUACCAGAUUGCCUUUUCUAACCAUGGAUUUCAGUGUUUUUUUGUACCAGUGCUACAGUCAUCGUUUUGUAAUACUUGCAGCUUGGCCAGUGUACUCAAGAAUCCAGCAUCUACAAUGGGGUUAAUUUUCACUAGCAAAAAUGCUGCAUUGGCUGUUUGUCACUACUUACAAACUGCCUCGAUAUCACUCGACCCUGAGUGGUUUAAAAUGCCAGUCUAUUCAGUAGGAGCAUCAACAAGCAUUCCUUUGCGAUCCAUUGGGUUUCAUCCAAUAGGCGAAUCUACUGGAAAUGCAGCAGAGCUGGCCAAACUUAUAGUAUCGGAUUUAGUAACAAUGCACGGAUCUCUAGAAAAUGUCCAGAAAGCUUGCACUCGACCUUGGACAUUUUUUGUUGGAGAUAAAACCAGAGACGUAUUGUCUGUACAACUACAAAGUGCUCUAAUCCCGCUUCAGUGCAUCAAGGUGUAUGAGAUGAAAGGUCGCGAAGAUGUCCUUGAGCAUUUGGAGUAUCACGUCUCGGACUUGUUUUCAAAUAUUGCAUCCGUCAAGAGACCAGAUUUUGACCUUCGAGAGAUCUGGCUAGUAUUUUUCAGUCCAUCUGGGAUCGAUGUUGUAUUGCAACACGGACUGAUUGCAAUGCAUCGUAUACCACAUGUUCAUAUUGCUUGUAUAGGUAAAACUACUGCUGAUCAUGCGUGUUCUGUUGGACUUUGUGUAUCUGCCGUUGCCACACGGCCAACCCCUGACAUGCUGAUGGAUGCGAUUGUAAACUUCUACAAGGCACUGUAA